AUGGAACCAACACCAAAAGCAAUGUCGUAUGAUGGCAAAGUAGUAAUAGCCUCUUCAACCCCAACCACUAAUAAUCAUUCAUCUUAUUCCUCUUCUUCUUCCUCAUCAUCGUCAUCAAAUUAUUCUCAUUCACACUCCAAUUCAAAUAGUAAUGGUAGUUAUAUGCCAUCAAAAUAUAAUAGUAAAGCUAAACCACCUACCUCCUCUGCCUCAUCCUCAUCGGGUAUUUCUGGAACGUCAUCAUCAUCAUCAUCAAGUUCAUCGACCAAAAUAACAUCACCCAAUCAAAUUGAAGGAUUUACAGCACAUCAUUAUAGAAGUACUAAAACAUCUCCCCCAAAGAGUAGAUUCAACCAUAGAUAUUCUCAACAAUAUGCAACAUCUCCACUACCAUCAUCAUCAUCAUCAUCAUCACAUUCCUCACAUUCUCAAAACAAAGGACCAACAUCAAUUUCCAAUACAUCCAUUUCAUCCAAUGGAAGUGGUGGUGGUAGCAGUGGAAGUGGAAGUGGAAGUGGAAAUCAAUCACCAACUUCAUCAUCCAAAGAUGGAAAUAAUAAAUCAAAAAUGAAGAGACUGUCACUCACCGUAUCAGUAUCAACACAAAAAUAUUUAGAAAAGAUUGGUCGUCAAUCAAGUAUUGGUGCCGAUACCGAUGACAUUAAAGAAUUAAAAGUAUUACUUCGAAACAUUAAACAAGAUAUUAGAAAUAUGAAAACAAAAGGAAAACAACAUAUAUUUUCAAUUGAAAAGGAUAUGGCAAGAAUUCAAUUUAGUGAAGUAAUGAAAAUCAUGAGUGAUAAUUCAUUACAUAAGACCGAUGUAGGUAAAGCACUCAAUGAAUUGGGUGAACAAAUAUCAACGUUUGAAGAAAACACCAAAGAGGAUUAUGUCAAUGGUUUGAAUGGUCUAUUGGAACCAUUAAUGGUAUUUUAUGAAAGUGAACUAAGAAAAACAAGAGAAUUAAAAAGAAAACAAAAUAUAAUUAGAAUUAGAUAUGAACAAGCAUCACAAAAUUUACAUGAAAUUAGAAAGAAACAUGAUCCAACAUCAUCUAAAACGAAACAAGCUAAAAAGGAAGAAGAUGAUAUCAAAGCACAAUACAAUCAAACAACACUAGAGUUUAUAGAAUCAAUGAAAACAACCAAAAAGAAAUUACAAGGAAAUCUUGGAACAAUGAUAAAAGAAUACGCUGAAAUGCAAAUCGAUUUUUAUAGAGAGGCAAUGGAAAGUUGGGAAGAAUUCCAAGAGGAUUUAGAAUCAAUUAUACCAGAUAGAGAUGACGAUGAAAUAGUUGAUGAUGCAGAUGAUGAAGAUAAAAAUGAUGAAUCAAGUGAAGAAGAGUCAAGUGAUUCAAGUGACUAA